CCCUCCUUUCCUAUUCCUCCCUCCCCCUCCUCCCCUUUUCCUUGGAUCUCCGUUUAUUCCGCUUGCUGCAGCCUCCGCCGGAGCCGCGUUUGCAAAGCCGGGAAAGGCGGUGGGGCAGGGCUCGCUGCCCGGAUUGCAAGGGCGGAGGGGAGGGGUGGGGGAGGCAGCCGCCACCCCUAAUCCAGGAAGCCCCAGACCCUCUUUUUUUGGGAGGGGGGGUCGAGGGUCUUCGAGAUGAGCACAGCCCUGCGGUACAAGAGCAAGCUUGUCAACCCAGAAGAAAAACAGUCUGACCCAUGGCUGCUUAUCUCCCCUUCUCAGGACCAUGAGAAGCAGUAUGUGGGCUUUGCCACUUUGCCCAACCAGGUCCAUCGAAAGUCGGUGAAGAAGGGCUUCGACUUCACUCUCAUGGUGGCAGGAGAAUCUGGUUUGGGCAAAUCAACCCUGGUGAACAGUCUCUUUCUGACAGAUCUCUACAAAGACCGGAAACUUCUCAACGCUGAGGAAAGAAUAAAUCAGACGGUAGAGAUUGUGAAACAUACUGUGGACAUCGAAGAGAAAGGGGUCAAGCUGAAGCUGACAAUAGUGGACACGCCAGGCUUUGGAGAUGCCGUCAACAACUCAGAUUGCUGGAAGCCGCUCACCGACUACAUCGACCAGCAGUUUGAGCAAUACUUCCGGGAUGAGAGUGGCCUCAACCGGAAGAAUAUCCAAGACAAUCGAGUUCACUGUUGCCUCUAUUUUAUCUCGCCGUUUGGACACGGAUUAAGGCCGGUGGAUGUGGAGUUCAUGAAGGCGCUCCAUGAAAAAGUGAACAUUGUCCCCCUCAUUGCAAAAGCCGACUGCCUUGUUCCCUCCGAGAUCAAGAAGCUAAAAGAACGGAUCCGGGAAGAGAUUGACAAGUUUGGAAUUAAAGUUUACCAGUUUCCCGAAUGCGACUCUGAUGAAGAUGAGGAUUUCAAGCAACAAGACAGAGAACUGAAGGAGAGCGCACCCUUUGCAGUCAUUGGGAGCAACACGGUGGUCGAAGCCAAGGGGCAGAGGGUCCGAGGAAGACUCUACCCUUGGGGCAUUGUGGAAGUGGAGAACCAAGCGCACUGUGACUUUGUGAAGUUACGGAACAUGCUGAUCCGAACCCACAUGCAUGACCUGAAAGACGUGACGUGUGACGUCCAUUAUGAGAACUAUCGAGCACAAUGCAUCCAACAGAUGACCAGCAAACUGACUCAGGACAACCGGAUCGAAAGCCCAAUUCCCAUCUUGCCACUUCCAACCCCAGAUGCUGAAACAGAGAAGCUCAUCAAGAUGAAGGACGAAGAGCUGCGAAGAAUGCAGGAGAUGCUACAGAAAAUGCAACAGCAGAUUCAAGAGCAGUGAGAAAGGAAGCAGGACGAAGAGCGCGACGGAGGGGGGGCGUGUGUUUGUGUAUGUCUGCACCCUGGGGCCCAUCCUGCCUGGGAAAACGGCUUCAAGAAACUUUGUUCCUGCGAUCCAAAUUGCACAAAAGGGACAUUUGCGAGCGAGAGGCACCCACCCACCCACCAUCUCCCCCUCAAGGCUGAUGAACCGUCUUGCAAGAAGCCCCCUCGCUUCUCCCGAGAGCAUCCCAGUAUCUAAACGAAAAUUAUGAUUACUGGGGGCCGAGACGGGACGGGGGAGGCGUCUGAAAUGUGAGGACUCUAUGAACGUAAAUGUUUACGACGAAUCACGGUGCUGUCAUUUUCCUCUUCCUCCUCCUCCUCCUGCUCUUCCGCGCCUUCUCGUCUUUCAUCCCCCCCCCCUCCUGUCUUAACACCUGCCUUUUUGUGGGGGGUGGAGGGGAGGAAUGACAACAUUACACAUAUCUGCAUAAAAACAUUUGUGGGAUGUCCUGAGCAGAUUUGAUUCUGCUUGGAAAACUUUUGUUUUUUUUUCCCCCCACCUGCCUUGUUUUGAGAUAAUAAGGGAGCAGAAAGUUGGCUGUGUUGUGGGGAUAGGUUUUUGAUGGAGAUCUUGGUUCCUUGUUGAUUCUCCAUUUCUACUCUCUCGAGUAUUUCUACUCUCUUGAGUAUUUCUACUCUCUCGAGUAUUUCUACUCUCUUGAAAAAAAUACAAGGCCUUUCUGGGCAGGUGGGCAGGGUGGAAGAAGUCAUGGACUAAAUUUUGCUGGUCCUAAUGCAGAAUUUGGCGGGUCAGAAGAAUGCAAAAUCUUGGGAGCCUUCAAGUGGCCUAUCUCUCCAUAGUUAGCUGAUUCCCACCCCCCACCCCGCCCCCAAUUGACCAACCUUUGCCAUCUGUGCUUUCAGAUCCUGCCCUGUCUUUGCCCACAAAUCUAUAUUUCCCUUCUCGCCCAACACAGAUUAAAGAAAAAAAAAUCUACCGAUAAAGAUCGAUAUUGAUUCUUAAGUUGCUUGGUAGAUCCCUCGCAGCGUCCCAAUUUCCACUGAGCAGGAACAAAACUUGUACCAAAAUUGGUUUUAGGGGACUCCCUUGGAGUUCAGUUUUUUUUUUUUUUCCUUUCGAUGCAAAAAUAUUCCCACUGUGACAGUUUUUCUCAACCUUGGCGACUUUAAGUCCUGUGGACUUCAACUCCCAGAAUUCCCCAGCCGCUGGCUGGGGAAUUCUGGGAGUUGAAGUCCACAGGACUUAAAGUCGCCAAGGUUGAGAAGCACUGCUCUAUGAGAAACUUGGUUUGUUGGUGCAUCACGAGUUUUGUAGUCUUCCCCCCCCCCCCCAAUAAUUUUAGGACGAAGCCUAAAUUAAAUGAAAUCGAAUACUGAGGAUGAGGAAUACGAAGAGAAAAACACAAAAAGAAACCCAGUGAGCCAAAGAAAGGAAAAGAAAGGAGGAAAAGAGGAAGAGUAACUUCCCCAUCACCCCUGCAAGUAAAAAAAAAAGUUUAGAUUAAUUCAUGGUUUGGCAGAAUCUCCAAUAAAACCUGACCUCUCUCCUCCACCUGCUUAAAUCCAUCUCUUAAGAAAGAAACCCAGUGCAGAAACGAAAAGAAAAACAGAAAAAAAAAGAAUAAGGGGCCCCACCACCCAAAAAUUAAUUAAUUAAAUGAAUUAAAACAAUUAAUCCAUAGCUUGUCAGCAUCUCUAAACAUCACCCAAUAAUCUCUCCAUAGUAUCUCUCUUUUUAAGGGGGAAAAAAACCCCAGAAUAAAAUUAUUAAAUUCCUUGUCAGCAAAAGAAAAAGUAAUCCAACGAAGGAAAUAGUUCAAAUUCUUUUCUUCCAUGGCUGUGCAAUCCAGAAAAUGAGGCAGCUGCUUUGAAAGGUUGCAGAGAGGCUGUGUUAAUACCCCUACACCCCUGGAUUGUCCCCAUUUUGCUUCAAAUCCAAAAUGCUGGGAACUUAUCCCUCCUUCCUCCUAUUUUCCCACUGGUUUUUUUUUAACCUCUUGCCAACCUGGUACUGCGAAGAUUUUUCCUGGCUUUCUGUGUUUCUCUGGUUGUGUGUGUGUGUGUGUGUGUGUGUGUGUGUGUGUGUUUUAAAGCAAGAGGAAAUGAUAACACUUUGGCCUGUUAAAGUGAGAUACAGAUGCCCCUCUCUGCACCCAGCAAGGCUUAUAACCAGCCGGAUGCUUUAAAAAAAAAUAAAUGCAUUUUUGUGCCCUGUUUGGCAAAAGAUACAGCUUAUUAUUUUUCCCCGUGCUAACAAAAUCCUCUAAAAUAA